AAACUCUCGCAUCAUGCGAGAUCGAGAUUCAAUAUGUCAGCCUCCAUGAGAUUAGUCGGUGCGAGUCGGGAAUUGGAGUGUUCUUUGAAAUAGUCCUUGGUGUGGAUGUCCAAGUAACCUAGACAUGGAUUCUGUUACAAAAGAUGAGAAAGAGGAAACACAGGCCAGUGCCACAAUGUCAAAGAAACAGCUUAGAAGACAGCAACGACAAGAGAAAUGGUUAUCCAUAAAAGCAGAUGUUAGAGCUAAAGAAAAACAGAGAAAGAAACGGAAAAGACGAGAGGCCUUAGAAAGAGGAGAUGUCAUGGCACCUACCAGGAAAAAGUUGCGGACUAACACAAUGGCUAAAUCUUCUUGCAAAACUUCUGUAGUUAUAGAUUGUUCUUUGGAUAGUUAUAUGGGGGAGAAGGAUAUAACGAAGCUAGUGAAGCAAAUACAGUUUUGUUACUCCAGCAACCGAAGAGCACAGAAUCCUAUGCAGUUUCAUGUCACUGGUGUACAUGGCCAGACAAAAGCAAGACUGGAGAGCAUUGGAGAUUAUCAGAACUGGGAUGUGAAUUUUACCAGCAAGGAUUACCAUGAAGUUUUUGAGAAGGAGAACAUUGUUUAUUUGAGUAGCGAGUCUGAAAACACACUGCAGGAACUAGAUCCAAAUAAAGCUUACAUCAUAGGAGGACUUGUUGAUCAUAAUCACCACAAGGGAUUGUGCCAUUCCUUAGCAAUAGAAAAAGGUGUAGGGCAUGCAAGACUCCCAAUCUCCGAAUUCUUGGAUAUGAAAACCAGAAAAGUUCUCACCAUAAACCAUGUGUUCGACAUACUUUUGAAAUACACAGAAAUGAAGAACUGGUCUCAGGCAUUUUGUUCAGUCAUACCUCAAAGGAAGGGGGCCCAUGUUAAACAGGAUGUUGAGUCUAGUUCACAGACAGACAAACAAGAAAGUGAAACUAGUUCACAGACAGACAAACAAGAAAGUGAAACUAGUUCACAGACAGACAUACUAUUACAGGAAAGUGAAACUAGAUCAAAGUCAGGCACACAGGAAUACGAAACUAGUCCACAGACAGGCACACAGGAUUGUGAAUCUAGUUCACAGACAGGCACACAGGAAUGUGAAUUUAGUUCACAGACAGAUAUACAGGAAUGUGAAUCAAGUUCACAGACAGGCACUCAGGAAUAUGAAACUAGUUCAUAGACAGGCAAAUGGAGAUGUGAAACUACCAGUAGUUCACAGAUAGGCAUCUGAAACUAUUUCAUAGAUAAAAACCAGGAUAUGUAUUAAAUCUACAACACACAGAGACAAUGAAGACCAUCUCAAAAGUGAAAA